GGGCUCAGUACAUCAGUGAGUUCAGACCGGGUAGGAUGACUGUGUUAUGAUCAGCGGCUGUUUUUUUACGCGAGGAGCACUUUUUUGUGACGAAAGAUUUUUUGAAGUGAAGUGCGGAAGGAAGCGAUGGGCCCUUUCGCCCCCUUGUUAUGCGUCCUGGUCGCCGCCGUCGCACCCGUCUUCGGUUUCAACAUUGACUUACAGAGUUAUGUGAAGUACGAAGGGCCGGAAAAAUCGUUGUUCGGGUUCAGCGUUGCAGCUCUCGCCGACGGCUACGAACGAUGGGUGAUAGUGGGAGCUCCUGAAGCCCAGAGCAACCAGCCGAACGUUGCGAACGGCGGCGUCGUCUACCAGUGUCGAGUAAAUAGCGGCUUCUGCAGGCCGAUCGUGUUCAACGCAGACGGCAACACCGUAAUCAACGGGAGCGAAAUUGACACCAAGUCUUACCAGUGGUUCGGAGCGACUGUAUCAAGCGAAAACGGAGCCGUUCUCGCCUGCGCUCCUAGGUACGUCUGGUACACGACGCAGAAGAACAGGAGGGACCCCGUCGGGACCUGCUACACGGGAAGGAAAAACUUCACUGAAAUCCUGGAGUUUUCACCGUGCAGGACGAGCGAAUGGGGCUAUCACCGACAAGGGUCAUGCCAAGCAGGUCUCGGAGCGGCAGUUUCCAAGGAUGGUCAGAGGAUUUUUAUCGGUGGGCCUGGAAGCUGGUAUUGGCAAGGUCAGCUAUUUUCUCUCAAGGCAUCUGGAGCGGUCUCUCAACUGUUUGACAAAAAGAUGUUUUUCAAGUACAAAGAAGGUGUCGUCGCAUCACAAAAUUUGUACUCUCGGCCUGAUUUUCUUGCAACAAAAGAAGGACCUUAUGCAUAUGACAACUCAUAUCUUGGUUAUUCAGUUGCUUCUGGGUAUUUUAAUAGAACAAAAAAAGGCCCUGCUGAUGCAGCUGUGGGGGUUCCAAAAGGCGAAAAUUUACUGGGAAAAGUUGUCCUUCUAACCUGGGAUUUAAGAAAUAUUCACAACAUCUCAGGGGAACAGCUUGGAGCCUAUUUUGGAUAUUCAAUCUGUUCAGGUGAUAUAGACGGUGAUUCUCAUGAUGACUUAAUUGUGGGUGCUCCACUGUACACAAACUUAGACAAUAGCAAUUGGAAUUAUGAAAAUGGGCGAGUUUAUGUGAUCUACCAAGGCAGUAGGGGUCUACCCUUUCAAAGAUAUACAUUUCUUGAAGGAAAACAUUCUAAGGCUAGGUUUGGCCUGGCUUUAACUUCACUCGGUGAUAUUAACUUGGACGGUUUUGGAGAUUUUGCCGUUGGGGCGCCAUAUGACGGUCCAAAUGAAAGAGGAGCCGUUUACAUUUACCAUGGAUCUUCAUCGACAGAUAUUGAAAAAGCAGCGCAAAAAAUAUUAGCAGAGGAUGUUCAAGGUGAUACGAGGACUUUUGGGUUUUCUUUGGCAGGAGGUGUAGACAUGGAUCAUAAUGAAUAUCCUGAUCUGAUCAUUGGAGCUUAUGAUUCUGCACAUUCAUUCUUGUUUAAGUCAAGUCCUGUUGUUAAAAUCGAUGCAUUUAUACAAUAUACGUCUCCUGAUAAGGAAAUAAAUUUAGCUGACCGACAGUGCACAAUAGAGAAACGCCCAACUGCCUGCACAGAACUUAAAAUCUGUUUAAAAUAUAGUGGAAUAGGUGUUGCUAAAGAACUCGACUUUGAUGUCAAGGCAAUAGUGGAUUCAAAAAAUUCAAAAAUACCACGUAUGCACUUUAAAAAUGCCCAGAAAUCAAAUGUACAAGUUUCUAAACUCAGAGCAACAAAAGGACAACAAGCAUGCAUUACUCAUAAUGUUUAUAUGAAGCAUAUUAUAAGAGAUAAACUAACAAGUUUGGAUGCAGAGGUGAAAAUCGGCCUGCCUAAAAGUCAAUACUACAGUACGAUGCCCCCUGUGCUUGACACAACCAACGAACAUAAGUGGCAGGAUUCUUUGGCCAUUCACAAGAAUUGCGGGCAUGAUCAGAAAUGUAUCCCUGAUUUAAGACUGGUAGCAAAACCAAAUGUCACAACAUACUUACUCGGUUCUGGUCAGAGGCUUGCCAUUGAAGUGACAGUGCAGAAUAAAGGCGAGGACGCUUUUGAGGCGACAUACCAGAUCAAACUACCUCCGGGUCUUAACUACGUCAAAGUUGUCAGUUUUAGGGAAGACGAAAAUGUCAGUCCUAUUAUAUGCUCGCCUCCUAGCUUGUCAAACAAUAAUACAUUGAUAUGUGAUAUUGGAAAUCCUCUUCCGAAGGAAAAAAAGGCUCAAUUCCAAGUAAUUCUUCAACCUUACAACCUCGAAGGGGGGAUGAAGCCGAAGUACGAAUUUACGAUGCUUGUCAAUUCAACGAACCAAGAAAAUGAAACGUCCCUUUCAGACAACUUUAUGAAAAUUGAUCUUCCGAUUUGGGUCCGAACUGAACUACAGUUGGAAGGGUUGUCAUCUCCGAAAGACAUCCACUACAAUGUAUCCCAAUUUGAUGGUGAAAUUUUCAAAGAAAAUGAUAUUGGGCCGCAAGUUGUUCACACGUAUGUCAUUAGAAAUGUUGGGCCUUCUGAUUUUCUGGAAGGAGAAGUGCAAUUCCUUUGGCCAUCAUAUACUCUAACUGGCGAGCCAUUGUUGUAUUUACUCGAAUAUCCUGAAACUACUGGACCCAUACAAUGUGAAAUGGGAGAAGGAGUAAAUCCAAGAAAUAUUAUACUGGAAGAAGCUAAGCGAAAAAAAUACGGUGAAUCUAAUUUGGAAAAUUCAAGAACAAGUGCCCUCUCAUCAAGUGGCUCUUCACACCAUUCAUCUUCGCAGUCACAUUCCUCUUCGUUCUCUACGAGUUCAUCCGGUGGAACUAGGUACAUAUCGCAUUCCACGCAUAAACAAAGUGGCGAUGGUCUGGACAGAAACGGUAAAAGAUUAGAAAAAGAACAUCACGCUGUGAAUGGAGGAAAACUGGAAAGCGAUGCUCACAUAUCGAGGGGGCGGCCAUCAUCAGGUUCAACAGUUUAUGAAGAAGAAAGGCACAGCUCAAGAAAUACGAGUUGGAGAUCUGGUGAAAAACCCGUCACUACGUCAGUGACAAGCUGGAGGGUGAAUAAAGAUGGUGAAGUAAGAAAUGGUUCUUCGACUCAUAUCACUGAAGAUGAUCGUUAUUAUGAAAGAGGAGGUUCUUGGGACAGAGGCCAUGGCUAUUCAUCGCAUACCAACGAAGGAGAUAGGCGAGAUGGUAGAAGGAGGUUCCCUGAUUCAAGUAUUGGUUCCGCAGAGGAUCCUUCUACAGUGACAAGAGGUGGAAACAGACAUGAAUAUGAAGAGAGACACUCUGAGCACAGAGUUACAUCUGGCAGUGGUUCAAGUUACGGUGAAGGUGGCAGACAUAUUGGAGGAAGUCAUGCUACAACUCAUCUCGGUGAAGGUGGUAGACACACUGGAGGAAGCCACGGUACAACUCAUCUUGGUGAAGGUGGUAGACACACUGGAGGAAGCCACACUACUACAACUUAUCUUGGUGAAGGUAGUAGGCAUAUGGAUAAAGAAAAACAUUAUGGAGGAAGCCACACAACUACAACUCAUGUCGGUACUGGCGAAGAAAGGCAUUACAGUGGCGAAGGUGGCACACACACUGGAGGAAGCCACAGAACAAAUUACAUUGGUGGAGGUGGUAAACAUGUUGAUGAAGAAAGGCAUUAUGGAGGAAGUGAAGGUGGUAGACAGACUGGAGGAAGCCACACGAGUACAACUUAUCUCGGUGAAGGUGGUAGACAUACUGGAGGAAGCCACACGAGUACAACUUAUCUCGGUGAAGGUGGUAGACAUACUGGAGGAAGCCACACGAGUACAACUUAUCUCGGUGAAGGCGGUAGACACACUGGUGGAAGUGCAACACAUGUCGAUGAAGAAAGACAUGGAGGAAGUACUUCAAGUCAUGUAAGUGGAGGUGGUAAAUACCAUGAAGAUCAUCGUUCAAGUGGGCACAGUUAUGAAAGGAACGGCUCAAGACAUGGAGUCGGUAUCGAUCAAAACACUGUUGGUACAUCAGGAAGUGGAACGUAUUCUAAAGAAUGGGAAAAGAGUUAUAACACUACUUGGGGUUCAGACAGAAAACCUGUAACACACACGUCGACAAGUUGGAAAGAAAACGUAAAUGGAAAAGAAACUUCAGGAGGCUCUUCAGAUGUUUUCGAAGGGUAUGCUCCAAAACUUGACAAUGCCAGUGAGUCCCAUGGGGCUGCAGGUAGAACCCACACUAGCGGAACAUAUUCAAAAGAAUGGGAAAAAAAUUAUAACACGACUUGGGGUUCAGACAAAAAACCAGUAACCCACACAACAACACUCUGGAAAGAAAAUGUUAACGGAAAAGAAACUUCAGGAGGUUCUUCAGACGUUUAUGAAGGACAUGCUCCAUCAUUCGAUAAUGCCGGGGAGUCCCGUGUUACUGCAGGAAGAACUCAUAGUAGUGGAACAUUAUCAAAAGAAGAAAAAGUCACUCAUCGGGUCACAUCUUCAGAAACUGAAACAGGAAGAACAACUAGUCAUGUUGAUGUUGUAGGCAGGGGAUCGUCUGGAGUUUUGGGUGAACGGAGGCACCACAAUAGAAAUAAUUUUAGUUCUGUUGGUCAAGGAGAAAGAGAUGAAAAAUGGAGUGUUUCCGGUUCCUCAGGUCAUACAACUGAAGGUGAAAGACGUACUUACGAAGGUCAUCAUUCGAGUGGACAUGGCCAUGGACAUAAUUGGGAAAGUGAGGUAGGAAGAACGGGAACGGGUACUCGUGUUGUUGGGGCAGGAAGAGGUUCAGGAUCAGCUGGUGGUUCAGAAACGACGUAUCAUGGUGAAGAGGAAAAAGAAACCGGUUCCAGCUUUAAUUCAGAAACUGAAGGAACCUAUGUUUUUACGCCUUCAGUCACUCGAUUAGGAUUAAAUGAUAAAAGCAACUCUAGAUUCAAUGGCUUCGGUGACAUAGCCGCAGGACCUAGUGAUGGUGUAGCAAGAACGUACACGUUAGACCUUGGGGUAGAAAAUAGCGGUUCUGGUUCUGGCCGAACUGGCUCCAGACGAGUCCAUUAUAGCUCUGCCGACAGUGAUUCAAGGAGAAGGCAUUACUCCGAUGACCAGUCAGGUAAUAGGACAUAUAUGAGAGAAAGAGUAGGAGAGAGUUCAAGAAGGGCCAAUGAAGGAGGAAGUUAUCAUUCUGAGUCUCAUAGAAGUUCUUCAGGGGAGGAUUUGAAUCGUGAUCUUUCUGGAGAAAGUCAUGGAUCAAGGUCUUAUUCCUCUUCUUCUGGAUCCCGUCAUGAAUCUGCCCAUACUCACCGGGAAGGAGCUAACACUCAAGGUGGAGGGCGAUCUUAUCAAGAAUGGAGCAAAAGUUAUUCAUCAACAUCUGGUACCGCUGACGGCGAUAGCUCUGGACACGGUGGUUUCUAUCAAGCGAAGCAUAUUUCCAAUGACAAAGACAGAACUUUUACACAAUAUGUAAGGACAAGGAGGGAGGUAGAUAACUUUUAUGAUUCUUUCGAUUGCCAUUCAGUGAAGUGCAUUAAAGUAUACUGCACUUUGGGUGCUUUUAAAAAAGACGAUGAAGCCACAGUUUCAUUUAGAUCUCGUGUAUGGAACCCUACUCUUAAAAAGGUAACGUCCAAUAUUAAAUUUCUCGUAAGUUCACAAGCUAUGGCGAGAGUGACAAAUCUGCCUCAUAUCGGCCGUCCGCUUGCGGAAACGACGCCGGCAGGCUCGGCUGAAACGAUUUCAAGAAUAAUUCCAUCUCAACCAGCUUCAGAGACGAACGUCAUUCCUCUCUGGGUUGUCGUACUCUCAUCCUGUGCCGGAACGCUCAUACUUAUGCUGCUUGUAUACGCAUUGUACAAGUGUGGUUUCUUCAAGAGAAACAGGCCUUCUAACGCCCCUGAAAAACAGCCUUUGAACCGAAACGGCCACUAUAACGGAGACGAGGCCCUGUAAGCCAUUUUAAAAAAAUAUGAAAACAAAAAAGCUGCAAUAAAGCUGAAAUCAUGGUGCUUUUUCUUUUUCUCUAAUGUAAAUAAAUUAUUUUUCUAUGAUACUUUACUGAAGACAUUUGUUUUAAAGUAUCAAAGUCAUGUAAAUAAAUAAAUUGACAAAAGUAAAUUGUUAAAAAAAUUAUGCCUGUCGAUGUAAAAAGUUCCAAGACUGAUUAUUUUCAUAAAUAAUACUGCAAUAUUUAUUUUUGUAUGUCUGCCCUUGCAAGUAUAUAGGAUUAUUCUUGAUUCGAAGACAUGCAAAGAAGUAGCUCUCGGGACUUUUUAUAACUUCAGUUGAACGUGAAUUGAUAUAAUAAACUAGAGCCAAUGUUAUAUUUUUUAUACUAAAAUAAUGGAUAAAAUACUAAAAAUUAAUAAUAGUCAUUAAAGGUUAUUUAUUCCUCUAGGGUAAAAAAAACGUCCAGUGUAUGAAUAGUGCCUUGGUUUUGUGAAUACAGUAUAAUUAAGGGAAUACCUUAUAAUAAUUACCUCUCAUAAAAAUACAUUAACUUGAAAUUAACGAGUCGUUUCAAAUGCAAUUCGACAAAGCUUUCUUAAUAAUUUGUUUAUGCUUUAAUAAAUAUUUAAGUUGCUGUUACUUAAAAAUAAUAUUUUACAAUUAGGUUUUAGAAACUUAAAAUGAACAAAAAUUCUUUGUACAAUUUAGUGUACUUGAAUAAUGACUGAAAAUUAUUUAUUUCUAUGAUUUUUAUAUCAGCACAGAACAAAUUUCACUCCAUUCUGACAAGAAAUGCGAAUAGAUGAUUAAUAAAGAAUACAAUAAUGUCGUUUACAAGUCUUCCUGUCAAAUGUAUUUAUAAAUAUUUCAAAAUAUUUUGUAUUAUAAAAUUUACUAUACUAGUUUUAACAUUUAAAACUAGCUAGGCGUCGUGCGUAAACUGUACAAAAUCCUAUUUAUUUAAUUUUUUGGGGCUUUUUCUAGAUGACGAUGAUAGAAUUAGAGUGGAAGGAAUUUUAAAUUUUAUUGUACAAAUGCGUUAUCUUUAGUGUUUGUUGUAUUUUAUAAUAAUUGUAGUCAAAACAUAAUAAGUUGUAAGUACUGAUCCCUUUUUAAUGUUAGUUUGUAACCUGUCUAAAACUAAUUUUGUCAUAACAUGAAUAAUUUGUAAAUAUAUUUAAUUUAUCGUUCUGUUAAUUUAUAA